AUGACUGAUUCUUACAAAAAAAAACCUGUUGGUAAUUAAAAAAUCUAAGACUCCGAGAUGUUUUAAAAAUGUCAAAAACUUGACAGUCGACUACAAAAGCAAUAAAAAAGUAUGGAUGACCGGAAACAUAUUUUCCGACUGGUUAAAAGAAUGGGAUAAACAACUGACAAAGGAAAAACGGCAUAUCCUAUUGACUGUAGAUAAUUGUCCGGCUCAUUCUCCUAUUCAAAAUAUCGAAUUCAUAAAGUUGAUUUUUCUCCCUCCAAACACGACCUCUGUGUUACAACCUAUGGAUCAAGAUAUUAUCAAAGCUUUAAAAGUAAAAUUUUGGAAAAAACUAGUACAUUAUUAAUCAAGAGGAACAGGGAAAAGAUAUUAAAAUUUCAGUAUUAAAUGCAAUUUUAAUGAUCUCCGAUGCACGGAAUGAUGAUUCUAUCACUACAAUAAGAAACUGUUCCCACCACGCUGGAUUUAAGGCUUCGGUAAACGAAAAAACAGAGAAAGAAAUAGUAAGUGGCAAUAAUUUGGACACAGAGUGCUUUUCUGAAGAAAACUUACAAAGUUUUGCGGAGGUUGACGAUGCUCUUUUGACCAACAAAGAACUCAGUGAAGGAGAAAUUUUCAAGUCUAUUUUGAAUGCAAAUAAUGAUGAGUGUGAACAAACUGACGAAGAGAGCGAAGAAAACGAAUUUAAAGUAACGUCUAUUUCGGAAAUGUAUUUUUAUAUUGAUCAGGUGCAUAAUUUUGUUUCGAUAAACAGUGAUAUAAAUACAUACUGUACGCCAGAAGUAUCAAUUACAUUAAACAAUAUUUCUAAUUUUGUUAAAAAAUCUUAUUCAAAUUAUAAACAAACCACUAUAAUAGAUUAUUUUUCAAACAAAUCGUAA